AUGGCAAGUCAUGGCGUACCUCGUGUACAACCAGCAACAGAUCGGGACCAGAAGAAAGAGCAACAGAAGAUCAAGGACUACAAGGGAUUAGUAGAUUCUGUGAACGAUGGAAUUCGAGGAUGUCAGUGCACCACCAAGACUUUAGAACUAACAUCCAAAUUGCUGAAAUGGAACCCGGAGUACUAUACAAUCUGGAACCAUCGCCGUCUGAUACUAAAGCACCAAUUUGAGCAUCCAGAUUCCCAAGUUACAAACGCUGUUGCCGGUCCCGACCAUGAAACUGUCAUGAAUACCAUCUCCGAUGAACUUGCUUUCCUCAUUCCUCUGCUGCGAAAGUUUCCAAAGUGCUACUGGAUAUGGAACUAUCGUCUCUGGCUCCUCAAAGAUUCCACCCGGCUUCUUUCAGUACUUGAAGCACGCAAAUUCUGGCAGCAGGAGCUUGCGCUAGUAGGCAAGAUGCUGAGUCUUGACAGCAGGAAUUUCCAUGGCUGGGGCUAUCGAAGGACCGUUGUUUCAGCUUUGGAGGGUAUCGCGCUCCAAGCUGAAGGCUCAGUUACGAGUAUGACAGAAAUAGAGUUUGAGUACACGACGAAGAUGAUCAACUUGAACCUGUCAAAUUUUUCUGCCUGGCACAAUCGGAGCAAAUUGAUCCCUAUACUUCUCGAUGAGAGAGGGGCAGACCAUCUUGCAAGGCGAAAUUUUCUGGACGAAGAACUCGAGCUGAUCGAGCGAGCGCUAUGGGCGGGUUCUGAGGACCAAUCUCUAUGGUUCUACCACCAGUACCUGAUGUGUACGUUCGACCCAAAGUAUGCUGCCGAGUCGAUGGCACCGGAUCUUACAACAACUGAAAGGUCAACCUAUGUCCGCGAACAGAUCCUCAAAGUCCGUGAUAUGCUCGAUGGCGCCGAGGACUGCAAAUGGAUCUAUCAAUCGUUGAUUAGUCUAAGCAUCUUAUAUCGCGAUCUUGGAAAUGAAUCGAUUGAGAAAGAAGUCGCUAUCGAGGACCACAUUGCUGAGCUUAUAAAUUUGGAUCCUUUGAGGGCCGGGAGAUCUUCAAAUCUUCUACUUGAUCCUUCUUUGCUCAUCAUGACGACUUGUAAGUCAGUCGCAGUUGCGGGCAUGCCUACCUAUCUUCCGAUCCGCAAUUUUCUGCUGCAGAUACCGCUCCUGAAAACCUCAAGUCCUAUUCUCACCCGGCUGCUGAUAGACAAGAGUGGCCUAUUCCCGACUUUCAUUGUCGUGAAAAGAAACCCUUUCGAGGCCAAGGAAGCAGCGCGUAUGGAAUUUCUGCUCGAGCUUCAGCCUGACGGAGACGGUGCCGAUGUCAACACGGAAGACAUCGACUACUUCUCCACUCAGGCACUUGUUGAAGUGCGAGGAGUAUUCCGAAACUUCCGCUUCUGCGACCGAUUCAUAAACUACGUCUACGAUGACGGUUUCAUCCAUGUGAUCCAAAUGCUCGGACGCUAUACCGAUCUUACUGAUGGUAGCAUCGAAAUUCUUGGUGGGCAAGGCCAUACGACGCAGAAAGCCUGGGGUCAGUGGCGCACUGGGCCGCCUAUGAUUUCACUCAGCAGUCCCAGUACUUGGGCGCUGGAUCUUGAUGGGGUCCAACCCCGCCUUCAUGGGGUGGAGUUCCAGCGAAUGAAGAUUGAAUUAGGAUCAAGAGAGAUUGAACAAGAACGAUAG